AUGGGUGGUUUGAAGCUAAUCUACCGCCUCCGCGCUCGGUUGAAACGUAGGCCACAGCUGCAACUUGACGUGAAAGCAACAGAUCACGGCUUCGCGAUCAAAAAAGUCCGGAAGCUGAUAUUUUCCUAUCAAGAUGGUGGCGCCCCGGCGCUGUGGUUUCCUGAGGAUGCUAACUUGGCCGCAGAACUGGGACAUCUCCAGCUAAUGAAAACCAUGAAAGGGGUAAAGAGCGGCCAGAUCUUCCUUACGAGUAGGAAUCUCAAGGUGUCACGGCAGCGAAAUCGCCCGGAUUAUGCUGCUGCGAACGGUUAUUUGCCAGUGGUGCAGUGGCUGCACGACAACAGGCGUGAAGGAUGCACGGUCUCGGCCAUGAAUUGGGCUGCUGAGAACGGUCAUUUAUCAGUGGUACAAUUUCUGCACCACAACAGGCAAGAAACGUACGUGUGGUACGACAUGACGCAGGUUGAUACGCCGUAUGCAGAACGGACGUUGCCCGAUAGGCUAUUUGACUUGUUGUCUUACAGGCACGAAGGCUGCACGACUGCCGCUUUCGAUCGCGCCGCGAUGAACAACCAUGUGCACGUCAUCAUGUGGCUCACCGACAACCGCAGCGAGGGAGGCACCGAGAGCGCCUUGCAAUGGGCAAUGGUUGCCCUUUUGUUGGCGCCGAGGAAAGACAGCGACAGUGAAGGUGUUGCUCUGCAAACGCGGGGCUCCAAUACGAGCGUCACAAGCAUCAAGUCACUUGACAGUCUAGGGCUCGGCCUGGACAGCCCCACCCUCAGCAUUCCCCAUGGAAAGGGGCACUUCCGCUUCAACUGUUCCAAGUUCGCCAUGGAUAAAGCAGCACAGGGAGGGCACAUUGAUGUGCUCCAACUACUGCACGACCAGGGCCAUGAGUGUACGACCAACGCCAUGGACUGGGCUGCGGCGUUCGGAAAAACAGAGACAGUCAAGUGGCUCUCCGAGAAUCGCGAAGAAGGGUGCACGAAAGAUGCAAUAGACCACGCGGCAGCUGGCGGGCACCUGGAGACGGUCCAGUGGUUGCACGAAAACAGAAGAGAGGGGUGCACGCGCUUCGCCUUGACUGAUGCUGCCGGAAACGGUCACAUGGAGACUGUCAAGUGGCUUCACCGAAACAGACCCGAGGGGUGCGGUCGCCGGGCAAUGGAUGAUGCUGCUGCAAACGGGCACGUUAAGAUGGUUCGCUGGCUGUAUGAUAACAGGUGCGACCACAUUGAUGACACCCCCGAAAAUUCUUCAUCGCAUCCUACCGCUGCCUGCGAGGGUUGUAGACCAACAUAUUUCAUCGCAUCCUUCAGCUCAGGAGGGAUUCUUGACCCCAAAGACAACAGUUUUGGCUCACUUCCAAGCGUGCCGCAGACAGACAGGCUUGCUGUAGACUCCUGCUAUCGCCAACACCCAGGUCCGCACAGGUCGCCCGCGUUGGAGGGAUGCUCAAGGGAAGCAAUGGAGCGCGCUGCUCGAAAUGGGCACCUGGAGGUGGUGAAGCUGCUUCACGACAGAGGAGCGACCUGCACGUCAACGGCUGUUCACCUAGCCCAAGUGCACGGGCACCACGGUGUCUACCGCUUCCUCAACGCCAUGUACCCUGGGAAGGCAUCACCGUUCGACGCGUUCUCGGACCCGACCGUGGUGGCGGAGCAGGAAAUGGUGGAUCAGGACAAAAGCUUGGACUUGGUGGUGCAACGAGAGGCGCGGCGGCGGCGGCAAUCCGUCAUCUUUGCCGACACGGUCGAAGCCUCGGAAUCUCGACGUCGGGCGUCGCUACCAAUACCAUUUGGGCACAAUGGGAAGCCGGCACUCAGCCGCAUUAAUACGUUCGCACUGUAG